GGGUAAACAUUACAGAUCAUGAACUCCUCUCCGUAAAAAUCUGUAUUCAUGGUGAGAUAACAUGAAUGAUAUGAUGAGUUGAAUAACUGAAUUAGAUGACGAGCUGUGCUGGAUUUAUUUUGGUGUUUGAUCAGACAGAGCAAUGGGCUGUGUGCAGUGAUUUUAUUUAGGUUGUGGGCUUCUUCUUUGUUUACAGGACAAUCAUAUCUGAAUUCUUUGGCAUUCAUUUCAAGCAUUUCUUUCAGAAACACGCCCUGCUGUUAUAUAGAAGUUAACCACUCAUUUGAUUUGGAGUUUAUGUUUCCAGGCUGACUGAACUCAAACGCAAAUGGAGAACAUCUCCUCUCACAAACAUUUCAUCCUCAAUGCCUUUAAUGAACUUGGUGCCCUGAGGCCGGUCCUCUUCUUCCCUUUCUUCAUCAUGUUCGUCCUGUCACUGUUGGCUAACUCCCUGCUGCUGUACGUCAUCAUAUCACAGAGAAGCCUCCACUCACCGAUGUACAUCCUCAUCGCCGGCAUGGCCUGUGUGGAUCUGAGCCUCCCACUGUUUUUCUGCCCCAACAUGCUGGUUAACUUCCUGUUUGACUGGAGGGGAAUCUCUCUGAUUGGCUGCCUGGUUCAGAUGCAUUUUAUUCAUUUCGUUGCAUCUUUUCAGUCCUCGUUGCUGGUUUGGAUGGCCCUGGACCGAUACUUUGCCAUCUGCACUCCACUCUACUACCAUGAACACAUGGCUUUGCCAGGGUUCUUAAAGUUUAUCAUCCCACUUGUGAUAAGAAACUUCCUCCUGGUCACACUGUUUGUCAGUCUGGCAGGAACUUUGUCAUUCUGUGCUGGAAAUGUGAUGAACCACUGUUUCUGUGAGCACAUGGCCUUGGUGGAGCUGGCCUGUGGAAGUACCAGCAUGAACAACCUGACUGGGUUACUGACGGUGUUCCUUAACCCUGUGGCUGACUUUAUUUUUAUCACUGCCUCUUAUGUCGUCAUAUUUAGCUCUGUGCUGACUUCUGGAAAGUCAGGUGUCAAAGCCCUUCACACCUGUAUCACUCACAUCAUGGUCAUCACUGUCAGCCUGACCAUCGCCCUUGUUGCAUUCCUGUCGUAUCGGAUCAGAAACGCUCUUCCUGCAGCUGUUCGUGUUUUUAUCAGCACCAUGUAUGUGCUGUUCCCGAGCUGUUUCAACCCGAUCAUCUAUGGCAUCAGAACAGCUGAGAUAAGACAGCACAUUGUGAAGACGCUGAUUUUGUGUCACUUUAACAGAACUGGGUCCCAUCCCUAAGAAAUUGUAAUAAUAUCUGUUCUAAACAUUUAAGGCGACCCAGUUUCAUGAUAAAAAGAAGAUAGAUUAUAAGUAAGGUAUAACUUGUUUUUAAAAUGGUAAUGUCUGAGUAAAAAUGUACAAAUCCACUUAGUACUGUUAUAUCAACAGACUAACAAGACUUGACGUCUCAGAACA